AUGCGGGGCUGGCUGCUGCUGGCGGCGCUGGGCUGGCUGCUGCCGGCGGGGGCCGCGGCCAGCGGCGAGUACUGCCACGGCUGGCUGGACGGGCAGGGCGGCUGGCGGGACGGCUUCCAGUGCCCCGAGCGCUUCGACGGCGGCGACGCCACCAUCUGCUGCGGCAGCUGCGCCCUCCGGUACUGCUGCUCCAGCGCCGAGGCGCGCCUCGACCAGGGCGCCUGCGACAACGACCGGCGUCAGGGCGGCGGCGAGACGGGCCGCCCCGGCAAGGACGGCCCCGACGGCGCGGCAGUGCCCAUCUACGUGCCGUUCCUUAUCGUGGGAUCCGUAUUUGUCGCCUUCAUCAUCUUGGGGUCACUGGUGGCAGCCUGCUGCUGCAGGUGCCUGCGGCCCAAGCAGGAGCCCCAGCAGAGUCGAGCCCCUGCGGGCACCCGCCUGAUGGAGACGAUCCCCAUGAUCCCAAGUGCCAGCACCUCCCGGGGCUCCUCCUCCCGCCAGUCGAGCACGGCCGCCAGCUCCAGCUCCAGCGCCAACUCGGGGGCCCGAGCUCCGCCGACGAGGUCCCAGACCAACUGCUGCUUGCCAGAAGGGACCAUGAAUAACGUCUACGUCAACAUGCCCACGAACUUCUCGGUGCUGAACUGCCAGCAGGCCACGCAGAUCGUGCCGCACCAGGGCCAGUACCUGCACCCGCAGUACGUGGGCUACGCCAUGCAGCACGACUCGAUGCCGCUGACCCCGGUGCCCCCCUUCCUGGACGGCCUGCAGGGCGGCUACAGGCAGAUCCAGUCCCCCUACCCGCACACCAGCGGCGAGCAGAAGAUGUACCCGGCUGUGACUGUGUAGUGCUGCCGCCUUCCCAUCCCCGCCCAGCCGAUUUUAAUAUCUGAACUGAAGAGAGGAGAAAUACUUCCUUGGAACAAAGCUCCCAGAACGCCACUUGUAAAUAAUUUUGAAAGGCUCAUGCAUGUCAGACAGUGUUUAUAAACCAUUUAUUUUCAUCGGGGUCCGUUGCCAGGAACUGUAGGGAUGAUAUCUCGGAAUUAACGUUGCCAGAUACGCUCUCAUUCCAGCGCGUGAUUUACGGUGGCGAAGGAUUACGCUGGAAAUGCAUGUGUAUUUCAGAUCACUGUACUCGUGAGAUAAAUGUCGGAGCCGUUAAGUGCCCUUCAGGUAUGACAUGGUCACAAGUAUUUGCCUAAUUAAUUCUAGAAAGAGUUCUGUUACACUGUACGAGACCGCAGUACUUCAGAAACCUCUCCGCUCCCAACUCCAUAAUGAUGUUUCCCGUUGCUUUACAGACAAUCACAACCGAGAGCCGAACAGUGCAAUCCCUGUGUGCCAGGAGCUGGUACCAGCCCCAGUGGCUUCUUACACACACCAGCUCUGGGGUGGAAUGCCACCAGAGGCUUGGUCUUGCAAAGACCAAUUUUCUUUGUAUUAUGUAGGAAUUAGAAGAGUGAAUUAUUCUGCUCUUCUUUCCAGUGCACUUGAAACCCUUCUUGUUUUGCUUUUGUGUCAAGAUCAGGACCCAGCAGUGGUUUGCACAGACUUUAUCUUUGUGAACGUUUUGCUAAAACCAGGGUACGAGGUGGUUGCUCUUUGUGACACUGAGCAAAGCUUUCAGUACAGCUGGCAGCGUCUGAACCGAACCUGCCUUGGCAGAGAAAGGUCAGACUGUGAUUUCCAAACAUGCCUGAUUUAACCUCACUUCCCAUGAAACAGGAAAGCUGUGUGAAUAUACCCACAAAGGUGUCAGCCCCAAAGCCUGCUUGUAUCGGAGUCUGCCUGUAGAAAAAUGGACUUUAUCUUGUCCCCCAUGAGCCCGUUCCAAGUGUCCUGCCCUACCCCCUGGGAGUGGGAGAGCAUUACACAGAACCCAGCUGGGGUGUGACUGGGUUGGUGGAGGUUUGAAAUCCAUCCUCUUUUCUUCUUUACCCUUGUGGGCAGGGGACUAGGGAGGCACAGCUGUAUUUGAAAUAAGGAAAAAGCCCAACCAAAGGACAAAGGUGCUUGUGGUGUCACAGGGGUCAUGAAGGUGUUGGGAUGCAGUCAGGAGGGAUGUUUUAUAGUGGAGCUGUUGGCUCCAUCCUGCUUUGCUUCAUCUGGGGAAAACACCUCUCCAGGUUGAAGAGGCACCAAACAGAUAAUUCUAAUUGUAUCACCCCAAAUGCAGCAAACUAAGGCUGGUUUCGUGUCUUAAAAAAUGUAGCCUCUGGAUUUCCAUCCAUUUGCUCCUCAGCCGAAAUAGUGCAACAGAAGACUUGAGGCCCUGUGCAAAACCCAAGCAAUUACUGUAACCAGACCAGUGAUGACAAAAGGUUUCUUAUUGUCUGAUACUGUAUCAAUAUGUAGCAAUAACUGU